UUGUGCACUUGUAUAGCCAACGGCGGUGUCGUCUUUAUAUGGCAUUUGAACAAAGAGAAAGACAUUAUUGUCUCUCAUAAAAUUGAGCUCUCAAGUUAACCAUUUCAACAGAGCAGAGAACAAUGGCUUCUACACAACAUUCUUUACGUGGGGCAAUUCCUUGGAUUUGUGGAGGAGAUCUUGAUUGGGGUUCUUUGUGCAUUCACAGAGCUUUGGUAGAUGCCUUAAGUCUAUUCUUGGCCUUUCUUUUCUUUCUGCUCUUGCUUGUAGGUUCUGUAAUGAGGAUUGACAUUAGAGGAUCAAGGAGGUCCUGGAUCACCUUACUGAUAUCACUUUGUUGUGCUCUUACAAGCAUUGGGUAUCUCGGUGCUAGUCUUUGGGAACUCGUCACGAAAAACACUAGUUCUAGUGAUCUAAGCUGGUUGCCAUACUUCAUAAAAGUAGUAAUUUGGAUUAGCUUCACCCUAUCCCUGCUUGUUCAAGGAUCCAAAAUUGUCAAAGUUGUCAUGUCUUGUUGGUGGGUUGUUUUCUUUCUGAUGAUUUCUUCUCUGAAUAUUGAAGUUUUGAUUACAACACACAGCAUCCAAAUUUUGGAUGUAAUCUCCUGGAUAAUUACCUUCUUGCUUCUCUUUUGUGCUAUUAGAGACUUCCAUCUCUCUCUUUCUCCAGAAAAGAGUUUGUCAGAACCUCUGUUAGUAGAGCAAUCUGAUGAGAGCAAAACCCUUAUAAGCCAUGCCAGUUUCUUUAGCCAAUUGUCGUUUUCUUGGAUGAACCAUUUACUUCGGUUAGGCAAGUCAAAAACAUUACUUCUUGAAGAUAUUCCUUGCCUAGGAAUGGAAGAUGAAGCGGAGUUAAAUUAUGAGAAACUAUCUCGUGAAUGGGACAUACUCCAAACAGAUAAUCGAUGCAACGGUUCAGCAAACUUGAUUCUUAGGGCUAUAGCAAGAUUAUUUUGGAAAGAAAUGGUGCUUGGGGGAGUCUAUUUACUUCUUAGGUCAACUGCUGUUAUAGUUGCUCCACUCCUGCUAUAUGCCUUUGUAGCAUAUUCUAAUCUUGAAAGUAAAGAACUUUCUAAAGGUGUUUUUCUAGUGGGGUGCUUGGUUGUUGACAAGGUUGUUGACUCUUUGUCAAAUCGGCAUUUCUUUUUCUACACCAAGAGGGUUGGUAUGAGAAUUAGAUCAGCCCUAAUGGUGGCGGUUUAUCAGAAACAGCUAAAGCUUUCCAACCAAGGCAGGCAAAGACAUUCAACUGGAGAGGUUGUGAAUUAUAUUGCAAUUGAUGCAUAUCGAAUGGGGGAAUCUGCAAUGUGGUUUCACCUUGGAUGGGUUUCUGGACUGCAAAUUCUGAUGUCUAUUUCUGUCCUUUUUUGGGUGGUUGGUCUUGGUGCCCUUCUUGGUUUAGUCCCUCUCGCUAUUUGUGGGUUGCUUAACGUACCAUUCGCAAAAGUACUUCAGAAGUGCCAGUUUGAAUUUAUGAUUGCCCAAGACAAGCGACUAAGGUGCAUGUCUGAGAUCCUGAAUAGUAUGAAGAUCAUUAAGUUACAAUCAUGGGAAAAAAACUUCAAACAUGUCAUUGAAUCUUAUAGAGAGAUUGAAUUCAAAUGGCUAACAAAAACUCAAUAUUGCAAAACAUUGAAUACUUUGUUGUACUGGAUGUCUCCAACAAUCAUCUCCUCUGUUAUAUUUUUAGGAUGCGUCCUGCUUAACAGUGCUGCAUUUGAUGCUGCUACAAUUUUCACAGUCUUGGCAGCAUUAAGGGGCAUGUCAGAACCUGUAAGACUGAUACCGGAAGCUCUUUCUUUUGUAAUUCAGAUUAAAGUUUCCCUUGAUAGGAUCAAUUCUUUCCUACUAGAAGAUGAGAUCAAACAAGUGGACGUAAUACAAUCUCCAACUGAUGGUUCAGAUAUUAGUGUUCGUGUAGUGAAUGGCUGCUUCAGUUGGGAAUUGGAGUCUCCCGAACCAGUACUUAGAAACUUAAAUGUGCAAGUGAGAAGGGGUCAGAAAAUUGCAGUCUGUGGACCAGUAGGAGCUGGAAAGUCAUCACUUUUAUAUGCUAUACUUGGAGAAGUACCUAAAGUUUCAGGAACAGUAAAUGUGUUUGGCUCCAUUGCUUAUGUCUCUCAAGCUUCCUGGAUUCAAAGUGGGAGAAUUCGCGAUAAUAUACUCUUUGGGAAGUCAAUGGACAAAAACAGAUAUGACGAGGCAAUAAGAGUAUCUGCUCUAGACAAAGAUAUCAAUAGUUUUGACUAUGGUGACUUGACAGAGAUAGGUCAGAGAGGACUCAAUAUGAGUGGAGGACAGAAGCAGAGAAUUCAGUUGGCUCGAGCAGUGUAUAGUGAUGCAGACGUCUAUCUUCUUGACGACCCUUUUAGUGCAGUAGAUGCACAUACUGCUUCGACUCUUUUCAAUGAUUGUGUUAUUAGUGCAUUGGCGAUGAAAACUGUCAUUCUUGUAACUCACCAAGUGGAAUUUCUCUCCGCUGUUGACCACAUUCUGGUAAUGGAGGGAGGUGAAAUUACUCAAUCAGGAAGCUACAAUGAGCUAUUGGUGACUGGGAUGGCUUUCGAACAGCUUCUGAAUGCUCAUAAAAAAGCAGUAAAUGCAUUUGAUCCCGUGAUGAAAAUUAAUGAUCAUAUACCUGACAAAGAUUAUAGCAGUGGGCUUGAAGAGGUCAGCAAGUCUUUUGUAAACGAAGAAAAUAGUCAGAUUUCUUUGAAGGAAGGGACUCAGUUAACGGAGGAUGAGGAGAUGGAGACGACUGAUGCUAUGUGGAAGAUAUUCAUGGAUUAUGUUUCAGUCUCAAAAGGAACCGUUUACCUGAUCUUAAACCUCGUGACUCAGACUGGUUUUGUGGUUUUCCAGGCUGCUGCGAGCUAUUGGCUCGCACUUUCCAUUCAAAGUCCCAAAUUUAGUCAUCUUAUGAUUAUUGGAGUUUAUACUUUGGUUUCACUGCUCAGUGCAUUCUUUGUAUAUCUCAGAUCCUUAUUUGCAGCUCUCCUUGGACUCAAAGCUUCAAAAGCAUUUUUCUCUGGUUUCAUCAACUCGGUUUUCAAGGCUCCCAUGCUUUUCUUCGACUCUACUCCAGUUGGACGGAUAUUAACUCGAGCUUCUUCAGAUCAGAGUGUAUUAGACUUUGACAUCCCUUUUGCCUAUACUUUUGUAACGGCAGCUGGAAUAGAAUUGGUUGCAAUAAUUGUCAUUAUGGCCUCUGUCACAUGGCAGGUUCUUAUUGUAGGCAUCAUUGCUACAAUUGGCUCAAAAUAUGUCCAGGAAUACUAUCAAUCCUCAGCAAGGGAACUGAUGCGAAUCAAUGGAACAACAAAGGCUCCAAUAAUGAGUUAUGCAACCGAGACAUCACUUGGAGUUGCCACAAUAAGGGCAUUUGAUAUGGUAGACAGGUUUUUCCAAAACUAUCUGAAACUAGUUGAUGCAGAUGCUAAAGUCGUUUUAAGCUCAAAUGGAGCCUUGGAGUGGCUAGUUUUGAGGACAGAAGUACUUCAAAAUCUCACCCUUUUUGUUGCCGCUUUCCUCCUAAUCCUAGCUCCAACGGGUUAUCUCCCUUCAGGUCUUGUGGGACUAUCUCUCUCGUAUGCUUUUGCACUAACAGGCACUCAAGUGUUUCUAAGCCGAUGGUAUAGCAGCUUAGCUAACUAUGUUAUUUCGGCUGAAAGAAUCAAACAAUUUAUGCAUUUAACUCCUGAGCCACCAGCAGUAGUGGAAGAUAAUAGGCCACACUCUUCUUGGCCUUCCAAGGGUAGAAUAGAACUUGUAGACCUUAAGAUAAGAUACCGUUCCAAUGCUCCAUUAGUUCUCAAAGGGAUAACAUGCACCUUCAGUGAAGGAACGAGAGUAGGAGUUGUAGGGAGGACAGGAAGCGGCAAAACAACACUAAUCAGUGCAUUGUUUCGCCUGGUAGAGCCUUACAGUGGGCAAAUUAUUAUAGAUGGUAUUGACAUUUGCUCCAUAGGCCUCAAGGAUUUACGGCUAAAACUUAGCAUCAUCCCACAAGAGCCAGCUCUUUUCAGAGGGAGUGUUCGAACAAAUUUGGACCCUUUAGGUCUUUACUCUGAUGAUGAGAUUUGGAAGGCUCUAGAAAAGUGCCAACUUAAGGAUACAAUUAGCAAACUUCCACACCAGCUAGAUUCCUCAGUGAGUGAUGAUGGUGAGAAUUGGAGCAUGGGGCAACGCCAGCUCUUCUGCCUUGGACGAGUCCUUCUCAAAAGGAACAAAAUCCUAGUUCUGGACGAGGCAACCGCUUCAAUAGACUCUGCUACAGAUGCCAUUCUGCAGAAAAUCAUCAGAGAAGAAUUCUGUAAUUGCACCGUGAUCACCGUUGCUCAUCGUGUUCCCACUGUCAUAGACAGCGACAUGGUCCUUGUCCUCUCUUUCGGGAAGGUAGUGGAGUAUGAUGAGCCUUCAAGGCUUAUGGAAACCAAUUCUUCAUUCUCUAAACUAGUAGCUGAGUAUUGGUCCAGCUGCACAAGGAAUUCCCUGUCAGGGCUCAACCACUGAAGUCGUCGAAUUGUCAAAAAUAUGUUGAUGCCUGGAACCUUUAUGGUGAAAGAAGCUGAAGCAUUGUAUAUUCGGGAAGCUCUGAGCUGGUUGAAGGGAACAGGUAUGGGAGGCGUGGAUGUGGAGAUGGACGGUCAAAUUGUUUUUAAUGCUAUUAAUCGCCUUCUUUUAAUUCUGCCUUUGGUUUCAUAGUUGAUGAUAUUAAGAAUUUAGCAGUGGAAAUAGAUGCUGUUAAAUUCGGUUGUGUUAAGCGAUCUGCGAAUUGUGCCGCCCACUCUGUUGCUAGGGAGGCCUUUUAUGAGUC